AUGGAAGAUAAUACCAAGCACAAACUAAAAUACAUAUUUUCCACAACUUGAAAUGUAGCUAACUAUUAUAUACAGGAAUCAAGCAGAGUUAAACGCUUAUCAUUAACCAUUUGGGCAUCGUUUUAUCGCGAAAGGGAAGCGUGAGUUGGUCAGUGAAUUGUAGCUAGGAAAACCCCAUCGAUAGUUAGCUAGCUAACGUUAGCGUGCUUGUUAACGGUAAAGCAGAAAGCGCACAAUUCUUCAUGGAUUGCUCGUAAACUUUUUAAUCCUUUUUUGUAACAGGAAUGUGUUUGAAAAUGAGGGAAUCUUUUUUUAUUUUAACUAGCUAUCUAGCUAUAACGUUCCAUCUGAAAAAUGUCAAAAUUGUAUGAACAUGCAUGUUGACAACGAAGCUAUAACGACGUUAUAAACAUCUGGCAAGGCUCACGUCUUGAAUAUGUUGGGUUGCUAACGUUACAUUAUUGCGUCACGAAAGCCAUCAGAUGGGGAAUAUAUUACACUCGAUUUCUCGAGUUACUGUGGCUUUGUCAUAGGAGCUUGCGCCAUUCUCCUUGGAGACGGCAUCGCAGAAAUGUGGGUAGCUUGCUAAAAAAUACAGUGUUAGGGCCUAUGAGGGGGGCAAUCUUGGCAACAUCACUUGGCACGGUCACUACCGAAGAAGUCUCCCGAAACGGAAGAAGUGACAGGAUGAACAACAUCAACAAAAGCAGACCCUCCAGCUCCGCCAGUUUCUCCUCUACCUCAACAGCAAGUGCCCUUGAUGAUGACAGCACCAGCCUCAGGCAGCAGAAGCUGGAAAAGCAGAGGGCGCUGUUGGAGCAGAAGCAGCGGCGGAAGCGGCAGGAGCCUCUGAUGGUGCAGCCCAACCCAGAGGCCCGGCCCAGGCGCUCCAGGCCUCGGCGCAGUGAGGAGCAGGCCCCGCUGGUGGAGUCGCGCCUCAGCAUCACCAGCGAUGUCAUCAUGGACGGUAUCGACGGCCCUGCUGCCUUCAUGGGCUCUGAGGCCCCAGACCUGGGUACCAAGAUCCAGAUUCUGUCGGUGAGCAAGUCCCAGCCCCUGUCCCUGUCCCAGCCGCUGCACCAGUCUCCCCUCGUUGAGGAGCCUGACCGGGACGGGGACACGGAGACUCUGCUGGAGCCCAAGACGGACAUCCACGAGCUGCUGCAGAAACGAGAGGCGUGGGACAUCUCUCUCAGCCCCUCCCCCUCUCUGAUUGACCCCGCCAACGGCAGGGUGGUCCAGUUGGUUGGUGCAGUGGAGGAGGGCCCAGAGGAGGGGCCGGAGGAGGGGCCAGAGCGCCCACUGUCUGCCAGGGAGAAACUACUCCAGUCAGGUCUGUCAGGCAGUAUGAACUACGAAGAGGCCAGUGAGGAUGAGGAACACGGUGAUGAAGACCGGCCACGCUCGCUGUCCCCCAACCCAGAGUCAACACGGCCUGCGUCUGCCUCCAGCUCAAAGUCCAACACAGAGUGCGUGACACCGGGGUCGCCCACGGCGGAGAGCGCCCUGAUCGAAGUGGACAACCUGGAGGAGUUUGUGGUGCGUCCCGCCCUCCGCGGCGUCACCGUCAAGUGCCGCAUAUCCCGGGACAAGAAGGGAAUGGACCGCGGCCUGUACCCCACCUACUUUAUGCACAUGGAGAGAGAGGACGGCAGGAAGCUGUUUCUUCUGGCUGGGAGGAAGAGGAAAAAGAGCAAGACGUCCAACUACCUGAUCUCAGUGGAUGCCACGGACCUGUCACGCGAGGGAGAGAGCUUCAUGGGGAAACUGAGGUCUAACCUGAUGGGGACCAAGUUCACGGUGUAUGACCAAGGCACCAACCCCUGUAAGAACCCUGGAGCUUUGCUGGAGGAGAGCAACACACGACAGGAACUCGCAGCCAUCUGCUAUGAGACCAACGUUCUGGGGUUCAAAGGUCCCCGCAAGAUGACCGUCAUCAUCCCAGGCAUGAACAUGAACUUUGAGAGGGUUCCUGUCCGUCCAAACUGUGAGCAGGACAGCCUUCUAAGUAAGUGGCAGAACCAUUCACUGGAGAACCUGAUCGAGCUGCACAACAAGGCCCCCGUGUGGAAUGACGACACCCAGUCCUACGUGCUCAAUUUCCACGGCCGCGUCACACAGGCCUCCGUCAAGAACUUUCAGAUCGUCCACGACAACAAUCCGGACUACAUCGUAAUGCAGUUUGGCAGAGUGGCCGAGGACGUAUUCACCUUAGACUACAACUACCCCAUGUGUGCCCUGCAAGCCUUCGCCAUUGGCCUGUCCAGUUUCGACAGCAAACUGGCCUGCGAGUGACCAACCCCAUCACGACUCCUAACUCCCCAUCACCCUCCCCCCUCCCCCCUCCAGGACAACGCCAACUCCACAACACCGCCCCUCCACCUCCCCCUCACAGGAUUCAGCGCCUUCCUUGUACAGCUCACCAGCAGUCUGCCACUAUGAAAAUAAUCAUGAAUUAUGACCUCUCACCCAUACGUGGUACAUCCAAUCAUGGCACACGAAUCACGCUGACUUGGAGAGCGGAUGAAGAGAGUGGGUGUGUGAAAGAGAGGACUAAAGCAAGUAGAUUUGGGUGGAGGAUAUAGGAUUUUCCUUAUCGGCAGAAAAAUGAAAUUACCGUCCGCAAAGGGAAACUGGUCACAAAUCAUCAAGGCGCCUUUGUUUUCAUUUGUAUUUAUCUGUAGUUCUGUUUCAUUGAGUUUGUAUUGCUUUUUGUUGCUUUAGCUAUUGUAUAUUGGUGAUUUUAUGUGUAUUGAAAUUGGUUGAAAGGGAAAAAUGACACCAAGCAUCAUAGACCAAACUGUCGUGGGCACUCCCUGUUAGGGAUAGGACUUCUAACACAGACUAGACCAGGUCACAGGAGAUGGUGUCUUUGAUUUAUAUCAGAUUUGAAUGUUUUAUAGGCCUCAAAACAUGUCUGAUGAACUUAUGAGUUUGUUCGUUUUUAGCAGAUGUUUUUAAAGUUGCCUUUAAUGUUGAUUCCAAGUGUCAUUUUACUCCCAUUUUACAUUAUGUUGCCUUCUACAAUCACUGUUGUGCGAUUCUUUUGACGAACUCUGGAAACUUUAUGGUCUAUAUCCUAAAAUUCACCUCACUGUCUUCAAAUGGUCACGUGGCUUUGGAUUCCAGCCAUUUAGCAGCAUCAAGAUGUUCAAUAAUUCUAACGUUAAUAAAAAAGGGUUGACAUAGUUUUUCUUCCUCUUGAAGAUUAAUUUCUCGUAAUCACAUUUAUUUGCCUGCAUAUCAGGAAGUCUUGAAGUCAUGCCUGUCCAUCCAAUGUGUCCUCCUCUGUUUCCUUUGUACAUGUCAUUUUGUGAUGUCUUAGCCCCAUGUCAAGUUAAAACCACACGGGAAAGUCAAUAGAGUUGCCCAGCAAGCACGAUUAAAGGAUUUCAUUAUAGUUUUAUGUAAGAUAUAUCUAAAUGUCAUUUCAAUGUGUGGAAUACAUAAGUUGGAAUCCAAACAAUAGAGCCUGGAAUCCAAACAAUAGAGGAAUAUUCCGUUUGGAUUCCAAGUGACGCCCUGUACUCAGUCUACAUUAUAUGCCAAACUUAUCUACCCAUGUAAAAUGACACCAGAUUGAAUAAUAACGCUACAUUUUAUAUGUACUGUAGCUGGAAGUGUUACUCUGUUCAGCAGACUACACUUGUACUGCACCAUGAGGUCAUUGAGAACCCACUGGGCAAGAACUGGUUGAAUCCACAAUGUUUCUACGUCAUUUCAACCCCAACAUUUGAGGUGAUGACUUUGAAUCAACGUGAAACACUGAUUGGAUUUGCAAAAAUGAUUUUUUUUUAACCCAACUUUUAAAUCCAAUGACUGGGUCAAAUGUUUUGUUGAUUUGAUGUUGAAUUCACGACUCAACCAAAUGUAAAUCAAAACUAGAUGUUGAACUGACGUCUGUGCCCCGUGGGAAAUUACUUUUGGGGCGACAUUUAAGGUGCAAAAUAGUUCAAAUAUGUGCAAAAAUAUAUUAAAAGGUGACCAUAAAAAGUAAUUUAAGUAGAGUUUUUAGUACACCGAAAAAUGCAUAAAUAGUGGCCUUUUUUACAACGCUCGUUGCUGAAGAAAAGUUUAAAAUUACAUCACAAUGCCAAAUUAUUACUUUUACAGUAUUUUUUGCACAGGUUUGAACUAUUUUGCACCAUGAAAAAGUCACCCUUGAUUGAUUGAAGUUUCAGCUGGAUGGAUGUGCUAUAGAGAUGCUUCUGUCCAGUAGUGUGAUUCUUGUUCUUGGAGGAUUAGGAACAUUCCUGGGGUAGCCUGCAGGAUGCAUUUGAUUCCUGUCCACUGAUUAUGUGUGACAGUGUCGGGAAACAAAGUUAAUUCACAAGAUGUACUGUUAGAAAGAGGGAAAGGGUAUGUUUGUACAAAAUAUAUAAAAGAGAAAUAUACAGUUUUAACACAAGAUACUUAAGAGGAAUUGCAUUCCAUUCAUAACUUAACUUUCUGACAAUUUUUGGGGAAUUGAAUUUCAGAAAUAUGACUGUAAAUAUAAUAAAUGAAGAUAUUGUAAAGUGAACAAGACUCCCCUUGUAAGUUUAAGUAAUGAAUGUAUUCAGUAAAAAACAUUUAUUUGCACCCUUUCUAAUUCUCUACUUUUGCAUAUUUUUUCUGUUAUCAGAUCUUCAACCAAAACCUAAUAUUAGAUAAAGGGAACCUGAGUGAACAAAUAACACAAUAACACAAUUACAUACUUAUAUAAUUUAUUUAAUUAACAAAGUUAUGCAACAUCCAAUGCCCCAGUGGGAAAAAGUAAGUGUCCCCUUAAGCUCAAUUACUGGUUGUGCCAGUUAGCUGCAAUGACUCCAACCAAACGCUUCCUGUAGUUGUUGAUCAGUCUCUCACGUCACUGUGGAGGAAUUUUGGCCUUCUUGCAUGCAGAACUGCUUUAACUCUGACAAUUGAGAUUAGGUCAGGACUUUGACUAGGCCAUUCCAAAACUUCAAUUGUGAUGCCUUUUAGCAAUUUAUUUUUGUUUUUUAAAUCUAAUAUUGGGUUUUGGUUGAAGAUCUGAUAACAUUCAGUAUCAAAAAUAGAAAGGCGGCAAAAACCUUUUCACAGCACGACUGUAUAAACGUUCAUUCAUAGGCUAGGUUGUAGCAACCUCAUGAUGGGUGUAGGGAGAAUGUUAGUAUCAUGUAGUAGCCUAAACCUAUCGGUGGUACAUUCAACUGGGUGAAUGGAAUAUGAAUGACAGUCAUCCAAUAUUCUGUAAUAGAAAUAAUGCCAUGCUUGUUUAAAAAAAAAAAAUGUCCUCCCUAAUCAUAAACGGAACCGACUGCCCCUGAUGUAUUCAGUAAACCCAUUUAUUUGCAAUAACAUGUUGAAAGCAACAUCUAGAACUUUACAUUUAUUUUUUCUAUAUGACCAAGUGUUACAAUUGCUUUGAUUAUUAAAACAUUUAGAAAAUA